CUGAUAUCGCAUACUGGCGGCGUGCGUGAUGAUGAUGACUGUAUAAGGUCUGGUUCCUGUAGCUGCCACAGAAAAUGGCAGACGCUCUUAGCAAAGUCCCCGACGUCGACAUUGAUCCAGAGGGAAAGUUUAAAUACAUAUUAGUGAACAUAAAGGUUAAAGGUGGAACGGAGCAAAAAGUGAUCGUGAGAGGAACUAAAACAGCGGAGUACCACAAUCACAUAUUUGAAAAAUUGAAUCCUGCUAUGGAGGCCUUGGGACUGGAGUGUAGUUGUCUUGGUGGCGGCAAGAUUGAGCACAACAACACAGAAAAGAAACUUAGGGUGUUUGGAGAGUCUACGGGAUACGGGAAGGCUGACCAUGCUGUCACAGUGGAAAAGCUCAAAUCUGUCUUCAAAGACUAUGAAAUCAUUAUGGAAUAAAAUACUAAUGUGAUCACUUUAAAUAAAAUUAUAGGACAUUAAUAUUUUGUGAAAGUAAACAAUUUGAUAACACUUCAGCUAUCCCUUAUUUUCAUUUGGAUAAAAAAUUAGGCUGAUGAGAUGGUAAAUAAAUGUUCUCUGAUCUGUCAGCAGUGUCAAAGUUGAGGUUAGAUGGCUGACCUUGAUAGCGACACACUUGCACAGGAACUCUGCGUGUGUUUUACAGAGUGAUAAACAAUUCCAGUUUCCUGUCUCCAUCAUGGAAUGUGUCUGUGUUAGAGAUCAGGAACAGAUAACAGAGUGUCUGUAUGAUUAAUGGUAUGUAUAAUAAACAUGAUAAUGGACUUCAUUAAGAAAUUUGCCAUUGAGAUUCAAACAUACACAUUUUUAUGGAUCCAUAUUUGGUAAGAAAACAUUUAACUGAACCAGUCACUAUGUUUUCACUAUUACAAUUAAAUUGAAAAGGCUUAUUAUUGUGUAAAGGUUUACAUUUAUAUAAUUAUAGUGAAUAUGCAAAAUUUAAUGUUAUUUAAAUAGCUAACUUAAUAUGGAUCUUAUUUUACAGAUGGCUUGUGUUUUGAACUUAAGUGAUUUUUCCAUCCUGUUUCUUAAGUUAAAGCCUUUACCAGUUUCCUCUAGCCUACCGUAAGACCCUGAAUAUGACCCUCAUUGUCUAUUUCCAUUAAGAGGUUAAAUGAGAGAGCUUACACAGCAAAAGAUACUAUUUUUACAAUAAGUACUGUAUUCAUUGUUCAAAUAAAAUUAUCCUGAAAGGUG